CGCCAAAGCUCGCGCGGGGGAAGCGGGGCAGUGGAUGGGCGGGUGAGGGCGGACGAAGCCGCUUGCGAUCUCGCCUGCUGCCGCCACCGCUGCUCGGCACGCGGGGCGCGCCCUGACCCUUUCUCUUUGGCAGGCUCGAGGGCGCGCGCACGGUGGCGUCCCGGGGCCUCGCCCUCCAGGAUCUGGACUGGGCAGGCCGCGCUCCGAGUGUGAGUCCGUCAGGACCGGGCCCCCGCCAAGGACGGGCACCCCAGGCUCGGAAGAACAGCCCUGCGUGGCCACCUCGUCCUCUACAGCCGCACGGCGGAUGUUCUUUUAAAGAAUUACUGAAGACAAAGUUUUUUUAUUUUUGUUUUUUAAUGGCUUUACAGAAUUUUAAAUCGAAUAUAAUUUGACAUGACGGCAAAAAAUGUUGGUUUGAGUUCCACAAAUGCAGAACUAAGAGGAUUUAUAGAUCAGAAUCUCAGUCCAACAAAAGUUUCCAGCACCAACUCACCAACAAAGAUUUUACCAAAAACCUUAGAACCAAUAAAUGUGAAUGUUGGACCCCAAAUGAUUAUAAGCACACCACAGAGACUAACCAGUUCAGGAAGUGUUCUGAUUGGGAGUCCAUAUACCCCUGCACCAGCAAUGGUUACUCAGACACACAUAGCAGAAGCUACUGGCUGGGUCCCAGGUGAUAGAAAACGGGCUAGAGAAUUUAUAGACACUGAUUUUUCAGAAAGUAAAAGAAGCAAAAAAGGAGAUAAAAAUGGAAAAGGCUUGAGACAUUUUUCAAUGAAAGUGUGUGAGAAAGUUCAGCGGAAAGGUACAACAUCAUAUAAUGAAGUAGCUGAUGAGCUGGUCUCAGAGUUCACCAAUACAAAUAACCAUUUGGCAGCUGAUUCGCAGGCUUAUGACCAGAAGAACAUUAGGAGAAGAGUUUAUGAUGCUUUAAAUGUGCUAAUGGCAAUGAAUAUAAUUUCAAAGGAAAAAAAAGAAAUCAAGUGGAUUGGCCUGCCUACCAAUUCUGCUCAGGAAUGUCAAAACCUGGAGAUAGAGAAGCAGAGGCGGAUAGAACGGAUAAAGCAGAAGCGGGCCCAGCUGCAAGAACUUCUCCUGCAGCAAAUCGCUUUCAAAAACCUGGUCCAGAGAAAUCGGCAAAAUGAGCAGCAGAACCAGGGCCCUCCAGCUCUGAACUCCACGAUUCAGCUGCCAUUUAUAAUCAUCAAUACAAGCAGGAAAACAGUCAUAGACUGCAGCAUCUCCAGUGACAAGUUUGAGUAUCUUUUUAAUUUUGACAACACCUUUGAGAUCCAUGAUGACAUAGAAGUACUGAAGCGGAUGGGAAUGUCCUUUGGCCUGGAGUCCGGCAAAUGCUCCCUGGAGGACCUGAAACUUGCUAAAUCACUGGUGCCAAAGGCUUUAGAAGGUUAUAUCACAGAUAUCUCCACAGGACCUUCUUGGUUAAAUCAGGGACUACUUUUGAACUCUACCCAAUCAGUUUCAAAUUUAGACCUGACCACUGGUGCCACCUUGUCCCAAUCAAGUGUAAACCAGGGGUUAGGCCUGGAUGCUGAAGUGGCCUUAGCAACUGGGCAGUUCCUUGCCCCAAACAGUCACCAGUCCAGCAGUGCGGCCUCUCACUGCUCCGAGUCCCGAGGCGAGACCCCCUGUUCGUUCAACGACGAAGACGAGGAAGAGGACGAGGAGGACUCCUCCUCCCCAGAAUAAAGACAGGAGAAAACCCACAUUUUCGUAUUUGAUGCUCCUGUGUGUCUGUACUGUGAGCUCUUGUUUCUGAAAUGAUUGCUUCAGCCCUUGCCUCUGCGUGUUCAGUGAAAACUAGGGAAACACAGUAAACAAAUUCCAGGAAAGCUGACAUGAGUGAGAGGAAAACUAACGUAGCGUGAAUGAAAACUGAACAGCAGAGCAGUAGGUCACAUCUCAAACAAAGCGUGCUUUCCGAGGUGAGAGAGGGGGUAGUCCCAGACAAUUGGCAGCAUGAAUGAACCUCAUUUAUUUUCCGCGAGGUGGGUGAGAUCUUUGUGUCCCCCACCCUCACGUGACCCUCCUUAGAGUUAAGACUGCUCCAAUGAACAGCCCUUGAUGCUCAUGUUUCUCGUGUUUCUCUCCUGUGCCCAGGCUGCCUUUUACAGGCACACAUGAACCUGAAGAGUUCCCAGGGAGGGGGUGAGUUGUACAGCGAUGGGUGUACAUGGCAGCCCUUGGGGCCUGUGGAGCACAGACUGAACUGCUGAACUACUCGAAAAUCUAGUUGAGGUGCUUUACGCAUCAGCUGCCUUAGAUGGCUUCUAGAAAGGAGCAAGCGCGAACUCUUAAGUACUUAAGUGACAUGUAGAAUAAUUUAUAGUAAAACUGCAAUGAGCAUUACUAGCCACCGCGUUGGUGGGUAGAGUUGUUUAGGGCUACUUCUGGAAGCCAACGUAGAAUAGCAUUUCCACGUGCAUUAACUACCUUGCCAGCACUGCCUUCGCCAGCAUUCUCAAUCUGGAGUUUUACAGAGGAAAUCCUGUCAAUAGUUUUAAUCAAAGCUAUGCAUUUCAUACAGCGUUUUCAUUUAAAACAAAGAAACACAUUCCUGUGACCGAAUUGCUUGCUUACAGUUCCUUGCAGUAAUUGUAUGAUUUCACCCGAGUGAUUUCACCCAACUGAUGAAAAUGAACCUAAUGUCAUUACUUUCAGAAGAUAAGUCUAUUUCCAGAAUAUGAGCAGUAAUGUUUUCCUGUACAUGUCACCUUUUGUACAUUUUCAUGAAUCAGAAUGACCUUAUUGGGUUUAUUCCUGGGUAAAUUGCAUUUCGAACGAACCUGAUGUAGCAUUUCAGAAACAACUGAAAAAACGUUGAUCUUUCCAGUGGUCGGGCUACCGUAGUGCCGUCCCCAGGGUGUUGUUUCACAACGGAAGAUGCUGGCAGGAAUGCUGCAUUGUGCUCAGUCAACUGCUCUCCUAAUAGAGAAGUGUGGAGACACUGCCACCGCAGCCAGACCCCAACCUAAUGUCACAUUAAGACCUUGAAAGAGGAGCAGGUAAUAAUGGGAAAUUAACUCUAAAUCUUUGUGUUGAAUCGUUUGGAUUUGGCCCUGGAUUAUGCAUCUAGCACCUAUGGGCCCAGCACUGAGCUUUGCCCAAAUCCAUCCUUUUCUAAGUCCCACGGGCAGGCGUAGAUGCCUUGGGAUGCCUUUUUACAGCUCUGCCACUGUGCUUACAGUGAGACGGAGGUGAAGGACCUGGCUGCCCUGAAAUUCUGAUUAGGCCAUAAAAACGAAUACACAGAAACUUACAACUUUAAGUUCCUUUGAGACAAAACUCAUUCCGUCAGAAAUAAGCUCUAGUGCAGACUCAGAGGUUCAAGGGGGCAGAGAGCUUGAGAGGCAGUUUUUAGAGCAUGCUGUCUCAGCCCAAGCUCUGGGGCACACCUCUUAGGCUGGGCAGAUGGAAGGAGCUGGGAAGUGCAGAGGCUACUGCAGGUCCCUGUCGGCCUCCAGGAGACAUUUCUGACUGGGAGCUUGUCACCUGUGGUAAAACCGGGCUUCCUUCCAAACUGCUUUUUAAGGGGCUGCCUCCUUUGCUAACACACACCUUUCUCUGUACUUAAACGGGCCCCGCAGGGACCUGGAGAGGUCAAGGGCCACAGCUAGCCUUUUAGUCUUCAGAGUAUUGUCCUAUAGGUCCCUACACCUGGACAUCUACCUUCAUGACAGGUACAUAACCAUAAGUCCUCCACUAGAAAGCAAAAUCUUUGCUAGAGUUCUUGGGAACCCGCUCCCUUCCCACCUCUCCCCUCCCCUUCUCUUUCUCUCUGCUGCUUUAGUGCUUUAAAUUGAUAAAAUAUGGGUUUAAAAGAAAAAGCAACCAAAGACUCUUAUCGUUAUUGGUGCCCCGUCAUUGGCCAUCCCAGCCAUGGUGUGUGGUGUUUGACUAGAAAUGGCCUCUGAUCCUCAGUAUUGUUUUGGGGUUACUGCUGAGGACGUCUCAUAGUCACACUGUGGCCACCAGUACAUGUCGCUGGUAUAUAGUUUCACCUGAGCAGAAAACUAGGUUGGGAUGUUUAGAAAGAUAAGUUCUGCUAUUCUUGUGUACCUUCCCUAAACAGAUUUAUCCAGAUCUAAGUUCAGCGCUCAGUCACAAUUUCAUACAGCAAUCAAAGUGAAAAAAGGUUAGGAAAUUGUGGUCACAGCAUCCAGACUUCUUCACAGGUGUAGCACCUGGGGUGACUUGCGUGCGUGCAUGCGUGUGCACACAUGGACACUCCUCCGGAGGGUGCUGGUCACACUGCUUUCUGGGGAGGUCGAGAGGCCUUUCCCCCCCAUCUAGUGCCAGGUUAGCUGUUACCCUUUCAGGUGCAUAGUAUUAUUCGUCAGAAAACCCUUGCUCCAUUUAGCACUUGCGUACGCAGCACCAGGCCUGCCACAUCGGGCCCUUCUGCGGCAGGGCGGCGCUGCCGGGGUUCACAGCAGAGCUACGCGCCAGGCACCUGCCCGGGCUUCCCUUCACCCUUCCCCUCUGUGAAUCUCUCAUCCACUUAGUCUUCUCGUGUGAUGACAAUGUGAUGAAAGCAGUUUCAGUAAGUGUUGGUAUGAUCUGUGCCUUAUGCUCAUGCAGGACCUUGGGGCGGGGGCAGGAAAAGAGGUGCUGACAGUGGUUCCUCACCUCUCAGGAUGCCCACUGCCCCUGGAAAACUUGACAAAUGAUGACCAUGUGUUGUGUUUCCUUCAAGUUAAUUCUGUAUAGAAAUAGGGAGAAAACUUGAUGUAGUUUCUGCCAUUUUUACCAAGAUGAAAGACGAUAACUCCCCUCAUUAGCAAAAUUUACAGUGGAAAGCACACUCUGCCAUACUUGAAAAAUAACGCCAGGGUCAGUCCUCAAACAGAUCAGCCCCUAUCGGGUAAUUCAAACGGAGGUACUCACCAGGAGGGGCUUGCUUUAGCCAUACACACUUCUGUACGUCCGCCGGUUUCUACACCAGUUCUUUUCUGGCUCCUUGGGUCGUAGAGACAGCAAAGUUGCUCCGAGUAUAGCUGAAGCAUAAGCCUCUGGGACAGUCAGGCACCGUGGAGUGGGUGUUUGUGGAGGCAGGUUUAGCAAAGAAAUGGAACUGCCUCAGCUGUUUCUACCAUAACCACACUGUCUAGCUUAGCAGUGAUUCACUUCUAGGGCCCUUUAAAUACCUAUCUAGCUCCCUCCCCAUAGACGCAUAAAAGCAGUGCCCCUACCCAACAACUCUGUGAUGGACCCUAAGACUGUACGGCCUUAGUCAGAAGUUCGGGCGGGGCUCGGACAGUGAAUGUAAAGGUUUAAUCCUUCAGUAAGUUUUGAGUGAAUACAGAACAGAAAACAUUCAGGUUGGUUAGUGCUACAGAGAAAACAACAGGGUGAUGGGACAGUGGACAAAAGGCUCUUUAGGCUGGGGGUGGCCAGGAAACACCCCCUGAGAAAGUGAUAAACGGGUGCCGACUCCGAUGAUUGAAAGACAUCUCAGACCUUCUUACUACUUUCAAUCUACUCGGUUCCAAAGGCCACGCUGUUCCAGUUUUAAGCAUACAUUUUGGAGUCUUAAGGAAUUUUUAGGAUUUAAAAGAAAACCAAACUUAGCUACCAACAGUAUCCAUAAACCAAGAGAGCAUUCUAACCCGUGUAGUUCUCAUUAUUAUUAGCUUCGUUACCUUCCAAUUGAACCUAUACAAUAGACAAUCACUUUUCUAGGUGUUUUCUUUUAGUUUUGCAAGCUACUGGAUACAUAAAGAUCUUUUUGUAUUGGACACAGAAGGUCAUCUUUUAUUCUGCAUAUGGACUGUCUUUAAUGGAGCAAAAGACUACAAAUAGACCAUUUUCCCAAUAAGUUCCCCAUUUUUAUGCACCCAAAGCAAUGGUUCCCAAACAGUGAUGAUCGUAUGUCUGUAUCUAAUCGUAUGCCAGAGGCUGGCACCAUGCAGUUUGCAGGGUCCUCAGAAAUGUGCCUCCCUGCCCCCCGAUUCACAGUCAAUAUACAGUGUUCAGUUAGUUUGUUUAACUUCCACUCAAGCCAAACUCUAUUCUUCCAAAGGAAAAAGUCUGAUGUUUUCUUAAGAUUUUACCUUUUUAAAAAAAAUCAAGCUAAAUAUCCACAUAAAUCGCAACAUUCCUCAGGAAUUAGUCCCUUUACAUAACCAAGAUACUGCUGAAAAGUUAUGCUUAGAUAACCUUUGGGGUCCAGUUUGACCACAUACCUCUGCACUCACACUAUACUAAGGAAGAAAAAGUGGGGUACACAAUUCGGACCCUCCAGUUAUGCCCUGGGAGUCCCUGACAAGUUCAGGAACCCACGUGGUAGCAGACAUCCAUCUGUUCACCGUGGUGUUGAGAGAGAAGACUCGUUUAUUACAUGUAUUCUGUGUAGCUGUUCUCAGGUGAGGUAAUCGCUUGUCUCAUUCUUCUAUGGCCUUUGCUUCGCAGAAAGGCCUACAGACUUCAGUGCUGUCUUGACCCCUUGCCAUUCAGUAGGUCAGACUUUGGUCCUCCCUGCUUAUAACCAAUGUAGCUGAAACAGCAGGACUCACCCCUUCUCCACCCCGCUCAUUAAGACAUGAAACAGGCCAAGUGCUUGACUACCUGACAGUCUGUACCACAGCCCAGAGUUUCUUCCUCCCUGGAGGACCACAUUGCCUCCUGAAAACCACACCCUCACCGCAACCCCUCCAGACAGCUUUGGGCUUAGCACCAAGUGCUAAACAGCCAAGGAGCAGAAGUGUGAGUCCCAGCGUGAGGCUGUGGUGGCAGCUUUGGGCCUCUGUAAACUCAGAAGACCCCAGGUUUAGACAGUCACGUCUGGAAAGAAACCCCUCCAUGGGCAACGACUACCAUUACACUGGUCAUUGGUGGGGGCUUGAGAGGUUAAGUUACCAACUGACCCUUCUGUCCAUGUCUGUCUCAUCAAGGAAACUUCCCCAGAUCAUACCGGUUUUAAAACCCAUCACUUCAAGCUCACCACUUUGUCACUUACCAGUGCGUCAUCUUCCCAUGCCAGGUACCAUCUACUAAGGAGUGGUCUGGUUUUGCUUGUUCACGACGGGAAUCAAAAGAUUUUUUUUAUAUAUACCAAAAAGUCUCUGAGGACCCAGUUACUUUUCUGCUAAGAGACUCCUGAGCAGUCGCAGUUCUGUUUUUCCCAUUAGUAUGAUGACAGGGUCAACCUUCCAGUGUCCUGGAAAAUGGAACUACCAGCUAGCCAACUGCACGGGCCGCUCAGGGGGCCUGCCUCUGAGGACCACAGUGCAAUACUGUGAGUUCCAGGAGGUAUUUUGUUUACCACCACCACACUUUUAGAUGGAAAACAAAAAAACAAAGCUGUGAGCCCACAUCACCUUGUUGGUUCACCUUUUCAUUUGGAGAUACUUUGAUCAUGUGCUAUUAAGUUUUAUUUCCAGAAAAUACAGUUCUGCUUUUUUCUGCAUGAAGGAAACAUCAUGGUGCCACAUGCUUUAAGCAGCGUAAACAAGACAAUUAAGGGGAAAAUGCAAAUACCACAUCUGACUUGCCUAACGUAGACUUUAUUAGAUUGAAGUACCUAACCUAACGUGAUGUAUUAUUUUGUAGUAUCUCAAACUUUGUAAAUAAAUACCAUUAUUUUUAUAUGGAAAUUUUAUAGAAGAGCUAUUUCUGUAUACUUAAUUAUUCCUAGAUUUUCUGAAGUUGCUUCCAGUAGAUAACAGACAAGUCCCAAGCAGUGUUCCUGUAAGGAUGGUCCAAGGACCACCUGCAGCAGAAUGAUGGGGAUUGGUUAAAAUUCCGCGUCCCUAGGUCCUACCCCAGAUAUUCAGCCCUGGGACUGGGGUCAGGGAAGCUGUAUUUUUAAUAAACUCGGAGUGAUGUUUUUGUCCAUUAGAGUGUGAAUAUCUUUAUCCAUCUUACAAGAUUAAAAGAAGAAAAGAAAGAAAAAGCAUCUGAAAUGAGUUAUCAGUUGUGCUUGAGAAAAAAAUGUAUCAGUCUAUUGUAUGAUUUGAAUGAGAUGUACUAUAGAAAAAAUAAAUAAUUUAAAAUAAUGUAGGUCUCAUUAUUAGCUGGUGACGAGGGAGUUAGUGGAUAUUGCGGUGCACUGCCUGUCCCUCCCGGUCCUUCAGGACUGAGCUGCUCCUCCCACAGCUGAGUCCCUCCCCUAGGAAUGGCCCUCAAGGAAGCUGCCUCACCUGAGUUUACAUCCACAUGCAGCCAGUGAGUGGGUACAAAGCCCAGCUUUCUUGCCGCAAUUUGGGGUAUCUGAAGGGCCACCCCAACCUCAGAGUUCCUCAUGGAAUUGGCCAGUUCCUCUGGCAACUGCAUCAAGAUUCAACUUCUCCCUUUGCUCACCCUGCUUCCCUCGCUAUUUUACAGGUGGUGUUCCGAGGAGCACUCUCCAAUACAUGGACACCACCUGUCCCACCUAGGAUGGAAAUUAGUCAGAUAUUUAAAAGGCUUUCAACACUUAUUCAUAAAAACGCAUGCACCCCUAUGUUUAUGGCAGCAUUAUUCACAAUAGCCAAGACAUGUAAACAACUUGCAUCCUUUGACAGAUAACUGGGCAAAGAUGAUGUGCAUACAUGCAAUGGAAUGCUACUCAGCCGUGAACAAGAUACUGCCAUUUGCAAGAACAUGGAUGGAUCUUGAGAGUACUAUGUUAAGUGAAACAAGUCAGAUGGAAAA